GUCUGUGAAAACUUGCGGAAAUUGGAGGUCACAGGAGUGUCCUGUCGAGAUGUUUAUGCCAAACGUAUAAACCCACGAGUGAAGUCGGGGCGUUUUAUGAAAAUCCUUCCCGACUACGAGCACAUGGAGUACAGAGAUGUUUACACCUGCCUGCUGCACCGAUACCGACACAUCCUGGGAUUAUGGCAGCCGGACAUCGGGCCCUAUGGGGGACUGCUGAACGUGGUGGUAGAUGGUUUGUUCAUCAUUGGGUGGAUGUACUUGCCACCUCAUGACCCUCAUGUUGAUGAUCCCAUGAGAUUCAAACCUCUCUUCAGGAUUCACCUCAUGGAGAGGAAAUGUGCAACGGUUGAGUGUAUGUAUGGUCAUAAGGGACCUCAUAACGGCCAUAUCCAGAUUUUAAAGAAGGAUGAGUUCUCCACAAAAUGCAACCAGACAGAUCACCAUCGGAUGUCAGGGGGAAGGCAAGAGGAAUUCCGGACUUGGCUAAGGGAAGAGUGGGGUCGGACUCUGGAAGACAUCUUCCAUGAACACAUGCAAGAGCUCAUCUUGAUGAAGUUCAUCUACACCAGCCAAUAUGACAACUGCUUGACAUACCGACGCAUCUACCUCCCUCCUAGCAGCCUUGACGACCUCAUAAAGCCAGGUCUCUUCAAAGGAACAUACGGGAGCCAUGGGCUGGAGAUUGUCAUGUUGAGCUUUCACGGAAAGAAAGCGAAGGGGACUAAAAUCACCGGAGAUCCCAACAUCCCAGCUGGGCAGCAGACUGUGGAGAUCGACCUGGCACAUCCUCUGCAGCUACCUGACGUUGAGAACCUUCGCGAUUUCAGUGAGCUCUCUCGCAUCGUCCUGGAGGUCCAGGAGCAGGUGCGUCGGGAGGAGCAGGAGGAGGAGCACCGGCAGGAGGAAGAGGACCGCUCCCAGCAGGUUGUCUCCCAACCUGCCGCGAACCCCCUGGGAGGAGAAGGUGCCGAGGGGGAAGAGACUGCAGCUGGGGCAGAGGGGACGACCCAGGAUAAGGCACCAGCUUCCCGGCCCUUCGUGCUGCCCAUGGGAGUCAUAUCGAGGAAUGAAGACUAUCCCCGGACCUGCCGAAUUUGUUUUUAUGGAACGGGGCUUAUUGCUGGCCACGGCUUCACCAGCCCUGAGCGAACACCGGGUGUUUUUGUUCUCUUUGAUGAUGAUCGCUUUGGAUUCAUCUGGCUGGAGCUAAAGUCCUUCAGUCUCUACAGCCGGAUCAAGGUCUCCUUCCAGAACGCCGAAGCGCCUUCCCGUGAGGCUUUUGAUGAAAUGCUGAAGAACAUUCAGUCGCUGGCUACUUGAUGGGUGAUUUGUGAUGGACAGGGCUAGGGGUUGCAAAGGCUGCUGCACUCCCCAGCCAGGGCUGCGAUGGGGAUUCCUCGCUCUCGGUACCUCUGAAAAAAAGCAUGCACUUUUAAUAAAGCCUUUUUACCCC